CGAGAGCAGCAUCGUCCUCAUCCUCCUCACGGGGGCUCGGUGUGAAGCUGGAGAGAGGAGACUUGUGGCAGAUCUCCUCCUCCUCUCCUCCUCCUCCUCCUCCUCCUCCUCAGACUCACUCAGAGGUCGCACAGACCAGACUCGUCCAUGUAGCUGGGUCGAGCCCACUCCAAGCUGAUGAUCCAGGACGCGGAGAUAAUGAGUGAAAACAUCUGGGUGCGGCGCGUUACACAGGAAAAGGUUUCGCUCUCUGCCGGAGGUCGUUUCUUUCUUUUUCUAUUUCCUUGCUGAAUGUCGUGGACAUAUUGGAUUUUUUUUUAAUGUUUUCCGUGUCAUUAAGAUGAGGGUCGUGUCCUGAUUGUCUCCACCUUUUGUUUACUUUUUAUUUUAUUUUAUUUUAUUUUUUUUAAAUGUGGUACUUUGUUUUAAUGGUGUGAAAACAAGGUGGAAGGGCAGCUUUGAUCAACUUGAGGACGAUAAUGUGCGCACUGGGCCAACUCGGAGUCUCUGUUCUGUGAAGUGGGCAGCGUUAGCUCCCGUGCUAACAUUAGCCGAACCCGAUUGAACUGCCAAGUUAAAAGCUCUUCGGCGGAUGCCCGCCCCUCGAAACAUUUUUCCUGGAGAUAGUUUCACCCCGGCCGUAACCUGGACGUCGCUACGUGAGUCGCCGGCUCGACGUUAAUUCAGAUAAUCAAAUUGUUGUGGGAUCUGCCAUCAGCCGUCCACUGGCAUCCAGGCGCUUGAGUCCUAAAUGACAAGUGCCUGAGGAUGUCCAAGCGGAGUUUGUUUGUUCGUCUGGUGCCAUGCCGCUGCCUGCGCGGUGAGGAGGAGACGGUAACAUCGCUGGACUACUCCCACUGCAGCCUGGAGACUGUUCCUAAGGAGAUCUUUAGCUUUGAGAAGACCCUGCAGGAACUUUACCUCGAUGCCAACCAGAUCGAGGAGCUGCCUAAACAACUGUUUAACUGCCAGUUACUGCACCGACUGAGCAUGCCAGAUAAUGACCUGACAGUGUUGCCAGCAGCCAUCGCAAACCUCAUCAAUCUCAGGGAGCUUGAUGUCAGCAAAAACAGUAUCCAAGAGUUUCCAGAAAACAUCAAGAACUGCAAAGUCCUAGCUGUUGUAGAAGCGAGCGUCAACCCCAUAUCCAAGCUCCCAGAAGGCUUCACUCAGCUCCUGAGCCUGACGCAGCUCUACCUGAACGAUGCCUUCCUGGAGUUCCUACCAGCCAGCUUUGGCAGGUUAACAAAGCUGCAGAUCCUGGAGCUGAGGGAGAACCAGUUAAAGAUGUUGCCAAAAAGCAUGCAGAAGCUCACACAGCUGGAGAGGCUGGACCUGGGGAGUAAUGAGUUCACUGAAGUGCCUGAGGUGCUGGAGCAGCUGACAGGAAUCAAGGAGCUGUGGAUGGACGGGAACAGACUGACGUUUUUACCUGGGAUGUUGGGGAUGCUGAAACAGCUGGUCUAUCUGGACGUGUCCAAGAACAACCUGGAGAUGGUGGACGAGCAGAUCUGCGGGUGUGAGAACCUGCAGGACCUCCUGCUCUCCAAUAACGCCCUCACACAGCUGCCCGGCUCCAUCGGCUCCUUGAAGAAAUUGACUGCGCUGAAAGUGGAUGAAAACCAGCUGAUGUAUUUGCCAGACUCCAUCGGCGGGCUGACGGCUCUAGACGAGCUGGACUGCAGCUUUAACGAAAUCGAAGCCUUGCCCUCUUCCAUCGGCCAGUGCGUGAACAUCCGUACCUUCGCCGCGGAUCACAACUUCCUGACCCAGCUUCCGCCCGAGAUGGGUAACUGGAAGAUUGCGACCGUGCUGUUUCUACAUUCCAACAAGCUGGAGUCCCUGCCUGAGGAAAUGGGUGACAUGCAGAAGCUCAAAGUCAUCAAUCUCAGCAACAACAAGUUGAGGAGUCUUCCGUACAGCUUCACCAAACUGAACGAGAUGACUGCGAUGUGGCUGUCUGAGAAUCAGUCCAAGCCCCUGAUCCCGCUCCAGAAAGAGGAGGAUCCAGAGACUCAUAAAACCGUGCUGACAAACUACAUGUUCCCCCAGCAAACCCGGACGGACGACUACAUUCCCAACUCGGACUCGGAGAGCUUCAACCCGGUGCUGUGGGAGGAGCAGCGUAAACACCGAGCUCAGGUGGCCUUCGAGUGCGACGAAGACAAGGAUGAGAGAGAGACGCCCCCGAGGGAGGGGAACCUAAAGCGCUACCCCACCCCGUACCCCGACGAGCUGAAGAACAUGGUGAAGACGGCCCAGUCGGUGGCUCACCGGCUGAAGGAGGACGAGUCGAGCGACGAGUCGGGGAGAGAUCCAAAACCGGUGGAGAGGAACCACAUCGGCGUGCAGGACGUGGGAGUCAAGGUGAUCGAAGCCCCCUGUCCCAACGGCGUGGCGUCGGACAUGGAGACCUCCAUAUCCACCAACACGUGCGCGCAGAGUCCGUCCGCAACCGAAUCGAAAGACACGUCGGACUCUUACAGCUCCCAGAAAAUCCCGCUCAAAUCGUCCGAGGGAAACAUGAUGAACCACGAGGACACGCUGGAGGAUUCUGAAGAACUGUCUGAUGAAGAGGAUGAGAUGAAAAUUGCCGAGAUGAGGCCGCCUCUCAUCGAGAUCUCCAUCAACCAGCCUAAAGUCGUGACAUUAAGUAAGGAUAAAAAAGAUGACGGGAAGGACGCCGACUCCCUGCUGGACGACACGGUGGCCAACAGCAACCAGAACAACAGCAACUGCUCGUCGCCGUCGCGCAUGUCCGACUCGGUGUCUCUGACCACGGACAGCAGUCAGGACAACUCUCUGUGCACGCCGGAGCGAGAGGCCAAGAUGCCUUUCCUCCCCAAAAACCGGCAAGAAGAUGAGAAUAUGAACCACCCUAAAGACACCACGCCUCUCCUCCAUAACGGUAACGGCUCCGAGACGUCCCUUCAGGCCCUCUUGAAAACCCAGCAGUCGCCUCCGGAGAAGGUGGGCGACUACGACCUGUCCAUGGAGGCGCGGCUGGCCUUCAUCGAGAAGGGGAUCAACAACGGCGUGGGCGACGGCUACACCAAGUGGGACCAGAUCAACAUGAACGUGAGCAAGCCGCCGACCGACAACAUGGUCCAGACGGACGGACCGGACCAGGCCAAGAACGGCCCGGCGGGCCCGGAGGACCCGGACGGCACGCCGGGCCGCGGCUACGACAACGUGGACCACCUCCAGAACGGGAACCAGCCGGCCGGCGACUGCGUCAACAGCCUGGGGAGCAAGAGCGCGGGGCUGAGGCUGGAGACGUCCGCCGUGCACGUGGCGUCGACGGGAGUGACGGCCAGCAGCGACAUGUCUCUGUCCCGCAGCACGGAGGAGCUCUCGCCGGAGAAACGCUGCCACCCGCCGCCGGUGGUGAAGUCCCAGAGCAUCAGCAACAUCGAGUCCGGCGGGAUGAAGCUGUACGCCUUCGACGGGGAGGGCGACUGCUACGACAUGGCCGCGGCGAGCAGGACGGCGGGGGCCGGCCCGGCGCCGGGGAGCCAGGGCCAGAGCAUCGUCAGGAGCAAGUCGGCCAGCCAGCUGCUCAACGACCAGACGCUGGCGGUCUACCCCGGCUCCUCCGCGUCGUCCUCGGACCUCCUGUCCUCCUCCAAGCCUCCGGCCAGCGCCAGCAGAUACCCGGCGUCCUCCAGCAUGGCGAUGGGAAUCCCGCCGCCGCAGUACAACGUCCAGUACACGAGCAGCGCCGUGCCGAAAGACGGCCUCUGGGCCCAGAGGACGCCGGUGCCUCCGGAGCACCAAGGCUACCUCCCUCCUCCCCCCCCUCACUCGCUAGCCAACACCAACUACUCCAACCGCAACCAGGCGCCGCCGUACCCCCUGCAGCCCCAGCAGAGGGGGCCCCCCAUGGCGCCCAGAGCCCCCGCGGACAUGUGGGCAAUGGACAGGCUCCACUCGGCCAGCGGCCCGCCCAGGAGCAGCACCCUGCAGAGACAGAGCAGCUCCGCCUCCACGGCCUCCAUGGGAGACCCGCGGCGCGCGCAGCUGCCCGACGGCGACUACCUGACCUACAGGGACAUCCACACCCUGGCGCGGGGGCCGCUGGCCAUGAGCCAGGCCGCGCAGAGGCCCCUCUCCGCCCGCACCUACAGCAUCGACGUCCCCGGGGCGUCCCGGCCCGCCGCCGCCGCCGCCGCCCGGCCGCAGCCCCACGAGCUCCCGGAACGGACCAUGUCGGUCAGCGACUUCAACUACCAGCACGGCAGCCCCAGCAAGAGGCCCGGCGCCGCCAGGGUGAAGUCGGAACACUCGCUGCUGGACGGAGUCGCGGCGGGACGGGUGCCGACGGACUGGAGAGACCAGGUGAUGAGGCACAUCGAGGCCAAGAAAAUGGAAAAGAACGCGCUGUCUCGCUCCUAUAAUUCCAAUAACGCCCCGCUGAGCUGGUCUCACUACGGCAGCUGUAGGGACAUGCAUGCCAGCCAAGGGUCCCUGGUGUUUAGUGUCAGGGACGGACAGCCCGGCCCCUGCGGAGCCCCGGGCUUCAGCGAUGAAGUUUUCGGUCCUCCGGGUUACACCAUGGACCCCCACAGAAAAGUGCCUUUGAUGAACGGCCAGAUGGGCCCUCCGGUCCGUCCGCCGGCGAGCCAGGCGUCCAUGGCCCGCCACCCGUCCAGGGAGCAGCUCAUUGACUACCUGAUGCUCAAAGUGUCGCAGCAGCCCCCGGCGGGGCCCCAGCGGCUGCAGCACGACGCCCCGCAGCAGGAGAUCCGCGUGAAAGUGGAGAAGAAUCCGGAGCUGGGUUUCAGUAUAUCGGGAGGAGUGGGAGGUCGGGGGAACCCCUUCCGCCCGGACGACAAUGGGAUCUUCGUGACGAGGGUUCAGCCUGAAGGGCCGGCUUCCAAGAUCCUCCAGCCCGGAGAUAAAAUCAUCCAGGCGAACGGAUACAGCUUUGUGAAUAUCGAUCACGGGAACGCCGUCUCCCUCCUAAAGACUUUUCCAAACACUGUGGAUUUGAUUAUCGUACGAGAAAUGCAAGCGUAGACUCAACUGAAACUGACUUCCCGGGGAGAAACGAAAAAAAAACAAAAAGCGAGCGGGCGCAGUGGUGGCGGAGCGAGGAGAGAGAGAGAGAGAUUUAAUGUUGACUGUCAUAUUUUUAUACGCAGAAGAGACUGAUCUGCAGCAGAAACCUGUCGGGACUAUUUAUAGUAGAGAUCUUCAUAGCCUUGAUUAAACGGGGAAAACCACUGAAUGUAGUGGAUCCAACAAAGCAAGACAGCAGCAAACAUCGACAAGUCUGUGUCCUCCAAAAAGAAGAAGAAAAAACAAACCAGGCCAUCACUGUGGUAUAUAAAUAUAUACAUAUAUAUAUAUUUUUAUACAGAAGAAGCUGAAGAUAUGACGCGCUUUGAUGCAAAUACUGUGGUCUCUGUACAGGUCUUUUUCUUCUUUUUUUCUUUUUUCUACACAUCAGCCAUUCAUCAUGAAGUUUUAUUUCUGCAGACAGAUGUCUGACCACUAGGGGGCGGGGCUUGUCCCCUUGCCCCCCCCCCCCCCAUCUCCUGUCAUCCAGCUUGCCUUUUUUAAUUUCAUGGGAAGACGGUGAAGCCGUGCGGUCGCACCUGGAGGACAGUGUUACGUGCUUGUCGUGUCGAGACGGAACGUCGAUCAAGGAGGACGGGGUUCUUUUUUUUUUUUUUUUUUGUUCCUUUUCUUCGAAGAGAUUACUCGUCCGCCCUCUCCCCCUGCUCCCCAGGCUCGGAAACCAGGGAAACUCUCAUCCCCAGACACGGCCGGAGACGGAUCGUGAAGGCGAAACGGGAAGAAAAUCACAUCCAGGGAGAGUUUGGGGAGGGAAGGGUGAUGUGAUGUCUGUUUGCUGGGCCUCAUCGGUUUCACUCUAAAGGUUUUUAGAAACGAGCUGACUAUUUUGGGAAAUACACACAUUUGUAGAAAGUGAGAAAAGGAGAACCGCCUCAUAUCGGCUCACAAGUCUGCGUAUUUUUCCAAACCGCGAUAAAGAUCCCGAGCAGAGGAAGACGAGGACGUCCUGCUAGUCAACCAAAGCAAGUUUGGAAGUGGACAGAAGGAGAACAGAAUAGGAAAUCAGAAAGAUUUAGGGUCUAAACUUCACUCAUGUUUUACGUUCAAGGGCUUCACUCUUCAGGCAGCCGUAGAUGAGACGAGUAGCUUUUAAAACCCGGUCCUUCUUUUUAUUGCGUUCUUAUUAUUUAACAUGGGAGAAGACCACAUGUUGCCUUUUAUGUGUCUGUAAAAAGAAAAAACAUCUUGCUUUUUCUGCUCAUCACUUUUUAGCUGUGUUUGUUUUGUUUUUUUUGUUGUUGUUGUUUUAUUUGCUGUACAGAGUUGGGAGAAGCCGAGUAAGUCAAGUGCCAUAGACCUUGAACUGUUUGAUCGAAAGGGGGAGCGACCUCUGACCCCAGAAACCCGAGCAAUAUUUUCACACGGUCACACACACACGCAGACACGCAGACAUAUACACACGCACACACACCUCCUAAGUACGUUUGCAGCACCACGGCUUUGACAAAGCAAUAUCUGAAGCCUUUAUUUUCAUCCAGCCCAUUUUUACACACCUGGUUUUAGUGAUGAUUUUACAUGAUUUUUAUAUGGUGAGACGAAUCUUUUGUUUGUUUGUUUGUUUGUUUGUUUUUUUGGUAAUGAAACGGCACAGAAAAAAACAUAUGGUAGUGUGUUUUUUAAAAAAAAAUAAUGACAUUUCUGCAUUGUGUAAAGGUUUGUGUCACUUUGCCUGGGAUGUUUUAUUGUCUGUUGCUUACAAUUACAGUUUGUGUGUGUGUGUGUGCGCGCGCGUGUGUGUGUACAAAUAAUGGACACUGUUGGACUGUGUGGAGAAAGCAGCAUUUUAAAGAAUUGGAAACUGCAUUUCAGAGUCUCCAUCAUCACAUUUUUUUUCCUGGUUUAUUCAGAAUUGCUUGUGGCAGUGAGCGAUUCAUUCAGCGCGACGUGUUUCCAGAAAACGAAGCGGAAACGAUAAAAAGCUGCAGACGGACGAAACCCGCGAACCACUGAAAUCGUCUGUAAGCUGCAGUGCUUUCACCAACCUGUCCUCCUGUGGAGCAGUUUGUACUUGACGCUCGUGGCACUGACCAACCAAAAUGAAAGCCACUGUGGUAAAUUAGCCGUUUUAUCCCUUUAAAUAUCAAUCACGGCGAUAAACAUUGGAAAAAUAUUAGUCACACUGUUGGGAGGUAGCUGUUCUAAAUUAUGCUGGUUUUUAAACACAGUUGUAUUCGACGACAGCUUAAUGUGCGUUUCCCAAAUUUUCUACGCAAAAUCGUGGAUUUGUAUUUGUUUUUAUUCGGCUGGUGGUUCCCUGUUGACCUUCAGGCCGAAUGGGGAGAAUUUCUGAGUAAAUUGUCACUUUACUUUCAUGGUAAAUAAAAAUAAAAUAAACCAAGGCUGACAUCGUAGACAAUCUAGGGAGAUUUGGAAAAAAAAAAAACUUGUUUUCACACAUUUUCUUCAUCCAUGUUGGUUUGUUUUCUCUUCUGCUCCCACAUUGUUAUUUAUUUAGCAGUCUUUUGUGGAUUUUAGAUCGUUACUAAUCAAAUUGUAAAUAAUCUUAAAAGUACAGAAAAGAGGUAAUAAAGGCAUUAGUGACUUGCGAUUGUAAAACCAGCAAUAAAUUGCGAUGCGGAGGCACCCAUUUUAAUGUAUAGCUAGUCUUUCUAAGGUUUCUGUGGAAACGGUCACAGUUGAUGUGAAAUGACGACGAUUGAUAUGCAUUUAUCCAACAUUCCAGAUUUUGUACAUAAUUACCUGUUUCUGAAGUAACCUGUGGAAAAUAAACUAAUGCUGUU